CGAUGAUGAUUGCGUACCAUUCGUUGCUGAUUGCACAAGUAUCACUUCUUCGUAUAUAGUGCUAGACCUAUUCGCGCCAUGAGACUUGUAUAUAGAUAAUUCCCAUUACCGCCUCUUCGCUCGGUUCAUGCCCCAGCAUGGCCGCACACGAUAUCCCAUCGAACAUCGCCCGCAACACUACUACGGCCCCGGUAGACCUCGACGUCGAGCAUGGCACACACGACCAUGACAGGAUAACACCGAGUGGAUCUUCGUCAUCGACGCCGGACGACUCAGGGUCCAAAGCAGCGACGCCGAAUGCUCGACGGAGUUUAGAGAUUGAGGAUGCGCGUCCUCGUCAUCGGUCAAUGUUUGGUUCGCGCUGGAGGAGAAGUGUUGGAGACAAGAUACCUGCGCCGGUCGCUCGUUAUGGAAAUAAGAUGGUGAAUUGGAUUAGAGGACCACAGCCACCGAGGACAUACCGCAUUGCCCCGUUCUUCGAGCGUUGGCAGACGUUCCCUGUGAGGCUCCUUGCGCGGCUCCCGAAGUGGUUGCGCAUUUGCAUAUAUGCCAUUUCCUGCAUACUUUGGAUCAUACUAUUUGGUGUUAUUCUUAGCGAUUACAGUCUGCCUUCAAACUUUGGAGGCGUUGGGGCACCCGUGUCGCUGGGCUGUGUUUCUUCACUAUGGCCCUCCCCGCAAUCUUGUGGUCUUGACGGCCGCAAUUGCCUCUUCAACUCCUCCUUCGCUUUCAAAUGCCCCGCCGGCUGCCUGAGCGCGCGAGUCCUCAAUCCACGAGCUAUUGGCGCUGAAAGGAUAAACUACCGGUCACUUGUUGUAGGAGGGACACCUGACGUCUCGGCGAAUAAUCAGCUGGUAUACCGAGCUGACUCUUUCAUAUGCGGUGCGGCGAUCCACGCGGGCGUGGUAAGCAAUGGGAACGGAGGCUGUGGUGUCCUAUCCGCACUUGGAGAGAAGAGCAACUUCGGCGCAACAUCACGGAAUGGCAUUUCAAGUUUGGGUUUUGACUCAAGAUUCCCCUUGUCUUUUACCUUCAACCAAACUUCAGCCAUUAUCAACGCCUCAGACCAAUGCCGGGACCCAAGAUGGAACCUACUCAUACUGUCCACCAUAUUUACGGCCUUAUUCGGCCUCUUUACAUCUAGUCCUGCGACCUUCUUUGCUCCCAUCUUUACUAUCCUUUUCUUCCAGGUUUCCAUGGCCUCCGAUCCCCCUUCGUACAUCAAUUACCCAUCUCUAGCUUCUACCACGCUUGGCCGCUUCCUGCCUGCAGCUUUCGUCGCCGCCCUCUUCUAUCGUUUCAGUGUCCGCAAAACGCUGAGGGGUUGUAAAGCUCACGUUGAGAAGACCGUGCUGUGGAUUGGAGGAGCCUGGACCGGUGCAUUAGGUAACUACACCUUUGACAAGAUUCCAAUUCAGCGAUUGACGGGCCAUGAUAUACGCCAACAGCCUGGUGCCAUCACAGCUCUUGUUAUCAUAGUUCUCGUGCUUUUUGCUGUGGUGCUGUAUCAGGCUUGGUGUUUUCGCAACGAAGGACGACUACCACGUUACUUGGCAUUGUACGCUACGCUAGGUAUCAGUCUGGGUAUCCUCGCUGCGAUGCCGAAACUCAGCCUGAGAAUCCAUCACUAUAUCAUCGCCCUACUCCUUCUACCCGGCACAGCGCUGCAGACGCGCGCCAGUCUCCUUUGUCAAGGCAUCUUAGUCGGCCUGUUUGUAAAUGGAAUCGCGCGCUGGGGCUUCGAUCCCAUUCUACAAACCGCUGCUGCUUUACGGGGCGAUGCACAGCUCGGCUCUGGCAUUCCCUCUAUCCUCGAGCCUAUCAUAAACGAUACCAACAUCACAUUUAUGUGGGAAGGCUUACUGCGCGGGUACGAAGGUGUCAGUGUUUUAGUCAACGAUGUAGAGAGAUCGAGAGGAUUCAAUCAAGUCGGCAACGGGAGCUUUACGUGGAGAAGACAGGCCCUUGAGGCGCCGGAGUACUUUAGGUUUGGAUUUGUCAAAUCUCUGCCGUUUGGCAGUGUAAGCUACAGUGACUUCACUAGAGCGGGGACUUGGUGGCCCAACGGGACGUGGGGCGGGAUACCACCUGGACGUACUUGAAUACUGUGGAGUCUGUAGAUGUGCUAUAGAUAAAUAUAUAGAAACGAGUAUUUAAUUUGGCAUUGCUGGGUUGCAUCAUACAGCGAUUACAGAAAGGUGUUGAUGCCGUAAAAGAAGAAUUUCGUACCAUCCGCAAGCCCAUGUCGUCGUAACUAGAGUAUAUUCG